CUCCGUCGAGUAAAAUCUCUUUUAAAGCCAUCUUUCCUCGCGUGUGUUCACACACACUGAAGGUGUCUCCGAUAUGCGUGUAUUAACUAUUAACUGAAGAUUAGUUCAGGGACGGAGAAAGACCAACACAUCGCUCUCAAGCGUUUCUUUGAAGUGGAUCGAAGGAUUAAAAUUUCAAUAAUUCUUUAUAAUGAAGAAUCAUGAGCGUCUGGCUAAUCUUGCCUUAGCAGGUUUGACUUUUGCCCCAUUGAUUGUGAAGGUAGACCCGAACUUGAACGUUGUUUUGACAGCAUGCCUAGCUGUAUAUGUAGGUUGCUACCGUUCUGUCAAGCCUACUCCACCUUCAGAGACCAUGUCCAAUGAGCAUGCCAUGCGGUUCCCCUUGGUUGGGAGUGCAGUACUGUUGUCAUUGUUCUUACUCUUUAAAUUUCUGUCAAAAGACUUGGUCAAUGCAGUAUUAACAUGCUACUUUAUCUUACUUGGGAUUGUCGCUCUCUCGGCAACAUUGUUACCCGCAAUUAAACGUUUCUUGCCAAAACCUUGGAAUGAUAAUGUUAUACACUGGCAGUUUCCAUAUUUUCGAUCUGUGGAGGUUGAGUUCACAAGAUCGCAGAUUGUUGCAGCAAUUCCUGGAACCUUCUUUUGUGCAUGGUAUGCUUCAAAGAAGCAUUGGUUGGCUAACAAUAUUUUGGGCCUUGCUUUCUGCAUUCAGGUUUGAUGUUGAUAGCAAUCAUAACACUUACCUUUGUUCCUCCAGUAUGAUUGUCAUACAAACACAAAACUUUUGCCAUGUAAUGCUCUCAUGGUGUAAAUGCUGCUUACAGCAAUAGGUGCUAUCUUUAAAUCCUAUUCGUACAUGUUAAAUUUCAAAAUGCUUGCCUAAAAUAUAUU